AUGUCGUCUCGCCACGGUGCUGGUCGUCCUCGUCGCGAUGGCGAGACGUUUGCCAGAACACACCACCACGACAACGAUCAGGAGGACAGCUCGCGAGUGAAAUUUGACGUUCGAAAUCCCUCUACGCUGGCACCUGAUGCGCGAGAAGACGACGCUGUACUCGACGCUGAUGUUAUCGGCGGCACCGCCGCGACCAAGCGCGGUGCUGUCAAUCUCGACGGUUACGAUAGCGACUCAGACAAUGACACUUUCAAUGCUCGGGCCGAGGCCCGGAAGAAAGGCAAAGUGGACAUAAACGAACAACUAGACAACUACGACAAUAACGCUCCGCAUGAUGGCCCUUCGGCAGCGCAAAACGACGACGAUGACGAUGACGACAUGUUUGCGGCAGCUGACGGCGAAGAUGGAGAAGAGAAAGAUACCGGCCCUGAAGCCUCUACAACUAAGAAGAAGAAAGUACAAUUCAUGGAUGCAAACAAAAUCGAGGGUCAAGACCAGAAGAGCAAGAGCGGCGGCACGAUUCAUUUAGACGAGGACGACAGCAGUGAUGCAGAAUCAGAGAAAGAGCUUCGUGCUCAGGAAGAGGGUGUGGAUGAAGAAGUUGGCGCUGGCGGUCUGAAACGCAAUGCUCCCAAGGUGGAAGCCUUCAACCUCAAUGACGAAUUGGAAGAAGGCCAGUUUGACGAACAGGGUAACUUUGUCCGCAAAGCUGGUGACCCGGACGCCAUACACGACAACUGGCUGAAUGGGCUGAGCAAGAAGGAAAUGAAAAAGGCAGCAGACGCGCACGAAAAGCGUGAAUCAGAGGCCAGGAAGCGUCGGCUAGAAGACGACAGCGUGCUAAGCUCUGAUCUUCUCAAGACCCUGAUUCUCCACCUGGAAAAGGCAGAGACACCCCUAGAAGCGCUAGCACGCUUGGGCAAGGGCCAGAAAAAGACAAAAAAGAUUCCGCAGUGGAAGCUCAAGAAGAUGAACAAGGGCAUGGACCUAGACAAGGAAGCUGAGCAACCAGACCCAGAACAAGUGCGAAUCAAGGCUGCCAUUGACGGCAUUACGGAAGCGGCCGACAAACUUCUCAGUCGAGGUUCGGAGGAUAUCUACGACCAAGAGCGCGAGAUUUUGGUCCGCGAGUAUCGCAAGGAGUCCGGCGAGGACUGGGUCGAGCCAGCACGCGAGGAGGAGCCGGGUGCUGGGACAGGGACAUCCGACUCGGCGGGCAAGUGGGAGUUUCACUGGGUAGACGGGCGGGAUGACGGAUCGACGCAAGGCCCAUUUGACGGGCCGGCGAUGAAGGCAUGGCUGGACGCGGGCUACUUUGGGCAGGGCAUCGAGUUCCGGCCAGCCGGUGGCUCGGCCGAGUGGUCGGCGGAGGUACCGUCUUUUGUCUGA